AUGUGGAAGCCACCGAUGAACUUCAUUACCUUCCAUUACAUGUACAUUAUUGUUUUGAGCAUUCUCGGUUACAUCAUCAUCUACCCGCACAAGAACAUGCCAUCUACGGAUGCAUUCUUCUUUGGGGUCAGCGCUGCCACUGAAUCAGGUCUAAAUACGAUCGAUGUGAAAGAUUUGAAACUGUACCAGCAGCUCGUCGUAUUAUACUUCUUUCCCAUCCUUGGCAACAUCGGAUUUAUCAACAUCGUGGUCGUUUUGGUGCGUCUCAUGUGGUUCGAAAAGCGCCUUAGGAAAGCUGACUCUGAAUCACGCGCCCACGAUGCUGAAAAUGGCACCGUCGCUUUGCCAGUGAGAGACUGCGAAGCCCAGGCGGACUUGUUUGGCUCUAGCCACAGGAAAGAAGAGAGUGGUAACGAGACGAGCGUCAAUCAGCCCGCGAAACAUAUUAACUUUGGCCCGGAGCCUGAGCAGCUCCGGGAGAAAUCUGCAAGAGACGCCAAUCAAGAUCCCGAAAGAUUGAUGAGCGAUGAAGAAGGCGCGAGCAGACCAAAAUCGGCUCUUUCGGGAACGGAGCUUGGCAGAUCGUUCAAAUUGCGAAAAACGGCAACGCACAGUAGCCAGAUAAGUAAUUCCGCUGCUGUGGCUCACGUCGCCUCAUCCAUUUUCGUCGUUGGUGCGUCAGGUACGGAACGGGACGAUGGACAAACUCCACGGCUCAAGUUUCGCAUACCAUUCCUCUCACGACAGGCGACCGUGGGUAGGAACUCAAAUUUCCACCGACUGACGAUCGAGGAUCGGCUCAGACUGGGAGGUAUCGAAUAUAGCAGCUUACGGCUAUUGCUGAAGAUCGUGCUCGGCUUUUUCUUCGGACUGCAUAUCUUCGGUGCUAUCUGCCUGGUGAUUUGGAUCCAGUAUGCACCGGCUAAAUACACUGAUUAUGUGCAAGAGAGUGGCCAGAAUAAAAUAUGGUGGGCUUUCUACUCCGCCCAGACAAUGGCGAACAACCUGGGCUUCACUCUCACGCCCGACUCGAUGAUCAGCUUUCGAGAUGCCACCUUUCCCAUGAUCGUAAUGACCUUCCUGGCUUAUGCCGGCAAUACCUUCUACCCUAUACUGCUCCGCCUCGUGAUCUGGAUGGGAUCAAAGCUUGUAUCCAAGACCUCGUCGCUCAGAGAGCCCCUCCAGUUUCUUCUCGAUCACCCACGCCGCUGCUACACCCUCCUGUUCCCAAGCCACCCCACCUGGGUUCUGUUCGGCAUCUUGGUCGUCUUGAACGUCGUCGAUGUGCUCCUCAUCAUCCUCUUAGAUCUGGACAACGAGACUGUGACGGUGCUGCCCCCAGGUCCUCGCGUGCUCGCAGCAAUCUUUCAAUCCGCCUCCGCCAGGUCCACCGGGACGGCUACGUUCAAUCUGGCCGAGGUCAAUCCCGCGGUCCAGUUCGGUCUUCUCGUCAUGAUGUACAUCUCGGUCUACCCCAUCGCCAUCAGUGUCCGUGCCUCCAACACGUACGAGGAAAAGAGUCUCGGCAUCUACUCUGACAAGCGCGUAGACGUCGACGAGCAGGACCCGCGCUCCUACCUCGUCAUGCAUCUGCAGAACCAGUUGAGUUUCGACUUGUGGUAUAUCUUCUUUGGCAUCUUCUGCAUCACCAUUGCCGAAGAGCAGAAGAUCGCUGACCCCAACAAUCCGGCCAUCAACGUGUUCUCCAUCUUCUUCGAGGUAGUCUCCGCUUACGCCAACGUCGGUCUCAGCCUCGGCCACCCCUCUGUCCUCACCUCCCUCUCCGGCAAAUUCACGCCCUUUAGCAAGCUCAUCCUCUGCGCCAUGAUGAUCCGAGGUCGCCAUCGCGGCCUCCCCUAUCAACUAGACCGCGCCAUCCUCCUCCCCAACGAGCGCCUCGCGGCCAUCGAUGACAGCAGCGAGGAAACCGCCAACGUGGACGUCAAUAUGUUCUUGAUGAAGCGUCACCACACCCAAUAA